AUGGCUGUCGUUUUAUCGUCUGAGGAGAACACCUACUUCUCCUCCUCCAACUUGCGACGGUCACAUUCCCAACCAAAGUUCGUCACAAAACAAGCAGGCUUCCACUCUUCCGCUUCUGCGAAUCAAAUUAGCGACGCCUUCGCGGAUCAAAAGGUCUAUCCUGAUUCCGCUCCCUCAUCUGCUCCCUCUUCUCCUAGGACUGCCCAUGCCGAGUCAACCGACUUGUCUUGCUCGUCAACCCCCGCCAGCAACGUAUCCAUCGCCUCCGACUGCGAAGACACAUUAGAACUAGCCGUGCACGCCAACGACCAUUUCGUGAUUCCUCAUUACGGGGAGUCCGGUUACUUCGACCAAGUCGAAGACCUGGAGCCACCAACGAGCCCCAGGACGGGUGACUCGUACACCGUUUCGCCUGCCGAUAACGACACCGAGGGAAACACCUCUCGUCCCAACACACCAGAGUUCGUACUUGACGUCGAACACGCCGAGGAUGACACGGCAGUCAGAGCACAGCCGUCGCGUCACGUCGACUACCUGUCGCACAACUGGAAAGAGGAGGAUAUUUGGUCAUCGUGGAAGUUCAUCGUGUCACGGAGAUCUGAGUACAGCAAUGCCGCUCGAUUAGAAAACGCUUCAUGGAGGACUUGGAUGAAGUCGAAAAACAAGCUCAAGACGGUGUCGCCAGAAACGCUCAACUGGCUCAAGGACUGUGACGUUACUUGGCUCUACGGACCCUUGCAAACAGGUCCAAAUACGUUGAACCCCAUCGGCACAGACCCUAACAGUGCCAGGCUGACGAAGAACAACUCCUUCGUACACAAGAAGCCCAUCCUCAAGAAGAGGAGCAUGUCGGAAAUCAUGCUUCAGAGGUCACUGUCCGCUUCUUCUUUGGUGAAGCAGGCGGCUGCUGCGGUCCAGGCUCAAGAGAAGGACGGUAGGAGACGACUGGCACGACCGACAUUGGAGCGUGCAUCGACGGACUACGUCACAUUCCCCUUCUCCUCUCGAAGACUAAGCCGCGAGAGCUCCAACCUCUGCCCGUCCAGCACCUCAUCGGGCAUUAUCUCGCCCAGCAGUGAGAAGAGGCACAUCCACUUCAACGAGCAAGUAUCUCAAUGCAUUGCGGUUGACAUCAAGGGCGACGAUGACGAGGAUGAGGAGAUUGACUCGGAACGUUACGACAACAGUGACUCGGAUGAGGGCGCCAUCAUGAUGAAGAGGUCGAAGACGAAAAAGAGGACGCCGCUCAUGCGGAAGAAGUCGGCAAAGGCAGCUGCCGCAGCCGAAGGCAAGACGAUUGCCAUGCUACCGUCCACGACAUUAAAGUACCGCGAAGACACGCCUGAGCCGCCAGAGACGGCGAUGAAGCACAGCACGGGAGUCUUCCGAAGCCCCACCAUGUCACCGUCGUCCUCUCAAGAGACGCUCCGCCCCUCAAAAGGAUCCGGAAAGUUCUUUAUGGACGACGACGAUGAUGAAGAGGAGGAAGACGUCGUCACCAUGGGUUGGCAGUCACCGACCAGAACCGAGGACAAGUCAACGGGCUUGCAGCGGUCAUCGUCCACCAGCAGUCUGAACGCCGAACCGGCUGGCAUGCGAAGGACCUCGUCAGGUAUGUUCAUGCCAUAUGAAGAGGGGGAAUCAUCUUCCAACGAAGGCAUCAUCGGCCGGGUCAUUGAUACAGUUAAUACAGCCCGCGACAUUGCUCAUGUUAUCUGGAACGUGGGUUGGAGGAAGUAA